GACGUAUUCAGGGCGGGUCAUGCCUUUAGAAAAAAAUAUUUUUUUUAUUUGGAUGCAAUAAUUGUCCCAAUUAUUUUUUAUUUAUCCUUCCUGGUCGUCCACCAGCUCUUCUUCAUCUCAUCUUAAUCCGGCGGCAGGGAUCGGCGAAACCUCCGGCGAUGUGUCCCCUCCGCUUCAUUCUCAUGUUCCUCUCGGCCACGCUUGCUGGAUUCUUCGCCUGGAAGUCAAUCCACUCACCCUCUCCUUGCGCUGUCUUGGAAGUUCCUGAUGGGGAAGCGCAUUCUGAAGGCAGAUCGAAGGAGCAUGGCGGCUUUCAAUUUCGAAGGAUUAUUGGAGAUGGCAUCUGGGUAUUUUGGGAUAUGGCAAGUGGAAGAUACCUUUGGAGGAUGCUCAAGAGAAGUGAAGGAGAUGAAUAAUCAUGAAGGACUACAGGCUCAUUGUAUCUUGCUUAAUCUUUCCAGCCAUUCUUCCUUCUACUGAACUGUAAUUGAGUUGUGUUUAUGAAGUACAGUUAAC